UGAUCUCCUUAGCUAUAAGAGAAAACAGGAAACACCUGCUGAAAAAAUGUCUUUUGGGCCUUCUGUUCUUGUUCAGUCACAUGUUGCACACCAAUCAUGGAUGGCACAGGCAAGAAGAGGGGAAGUGCCACACUACAAUGCACAUGGCUGACUUUCCUGUUGUUUUUUUCUCAGCGGUGUUCUAGUUCACCUGAGCUGGGAGCAAUGGUGAGGAUAAGAAGAAGCCUCUUUGGCCCGUCUGUGAAUUAUUCAGUAGUCAACCAUGAAUCGGGUUUCCUUUAUGUCGUCUGCCGGCUUGGCUAUCGGAUGACCAAACAGAGCCCGUGUCAGCUUGGACACCUGACACACCCUGUGUAUGCCUCCCCAUGUGAUGCACCUUCGAAACGCUCCACAGAGUGCUGCUAAAAAACAACAACACUGUACUGUUGCCGACUGCAGAUUCCCUUAACUGUGUUGUAUCGGCAACACAAAUGACAGUCUGACAGCUCCGACUGAGAGACAUGACAGAGAUGUAUGUUCAGUGUAGUGUAUGGAAAUGAAUGACACUGUCAGGUUUCUCUGUGGACACUCUUUCCAUCUGUUAUCUGUAUUAUUUACAGUGCUGUGGUUAUAAUUCCAAGCGACUGCCAUUUUGUUUUCCGACGGCAAUCUUCAGCUUAUCUUUAGAGGGAGUCAUUUUAGCAUCUGCACUGGCACCGAAAAGGACCUUUGAUCUGUGGCAUGGCUGUGCAAACAGAUGUAUCCUGGUUAUUAAGUACUUGAUAAAUGUCACCUAUCAUAACUCCCCACCCCUUAUUCAAACCGUGUGUACCUCCUGCAGCUCCAGUCGUUUGUUUGAGCAAGUUAAGGAGCGUGAUCUAUCAUAUUUUAACAGACAUUUUCACAAAUUGGCAUAAUAAAGAAUGACCUGAACCACUCCUGUUUUAACAAAAAGCAAAAUAUGUAACAUAACAACUUAGCAAAAACAAAGAGAUAGUUUGGGGUAAAGCUUGGGUGAGUCAGCAAAUUGCAUAACCAAAUAUUGAUCUAUGAGGGAUUUACAUAGUCUGUGUAUGGUUAUUGAAUCUGACUUGCCACAGGUGACCAGCGUGACUAAGUGCCCCGCCUCUACAGUGCCAGGGAUGCAAAUAGUACCUUCAGACAUAUCAUUUUACACGUGAUCCUUUGGGCAAAGAGGCACAGUCAUCAGAUCACAGCAGCUCCUUCACAAUGAAAACCAGACAGCAUGCUACCGUCAACUGAGACGCAUUGGCAAUAACAUUCAAUAGGAUCAGUCAACCAAUCGUCCCCACCGUCACUGCCACAGCUAUGCCCAUUGCUAAUCUUUUAGGAGUCCAGUUCGACAUGCAGCUGGUGUUGAAACUGAGUCUCUCUGUGGCUGCCGUGCUGCUGGUUUCAUGGGCCUACAGGUUCUACAGCUCCAGGGAUGCAAAGAAAAUCCAGCGCUGCGUCAACGACAACAAAGAGCCAGAAAAUGCAACCUGUCAAAAUUGCAAGAUGACGCUACGAUGUCAAAGCCCACCAACACAUGACAGCAAAGAAGGGGGCAAGCGACCCGGACCCUCAGCUACUGAUGACCUGACAUCGGACAGCACCAAGGAAACGCCAGCUGAAUGUCCAUGCAGAGCUGAAAAAAGUGAGGGUGCAUUUAGCAUGCUGUAUAGUGACCAGGAUAUCAGCAUAAAAGGACAUAUAUUCACUCAUCAGCAGCAAGCAGAGGUUUCCACCAGUAAUAUUUCAUUUGGAUCUGCUUUGAACCUUCCUCAUCGAGCUGAGAGUGGGAUGGCCAGUGCAACGGGGCGCCGCUCCCCUUGCUUUUUGCAGAAGCUGGAGGGCAGCAUGGGUGUGGGCAGGGAGUUAAGGCAAGACUCGGAGCACCAGGGGGCCUACUCUAGCUUCCUCUCCAAGGCAGAAAUCAAAGUGGAAGAUGCCAACAUAGUGCUCGAGGGCUCAGGAGAGCAGAUUGUGCGUGGAAAGAUAUAUGAUUACUAUGUUGAGUCUUCCUCUCAUUCUAUUACAGAUUCAAACUCUGUGCAGGGUCAGUAUGAGAGGAACUCUGAGUAUCAGCCAGUGGAGCUUGGAAGUCAUGACAGCAGCCUCGCAGACUCUCCGUCCUCUUUGAGCCCCAUCAUCAUGCGUGAUCUGUUUUUUCCACAAAGCACUGUUCAGGAUCCCUCCUCACUUGGAAGCCUCAAACUGAGGCACCCUGCAAGGCCUGUACUCCUACGCAAGGAGAGCUAUCUGUCUGCAGCAGAGCAGUCAGAGCUUCCCAUCCCCUUUCUAAACUCAGGAGUCUCGGCUCCAAUGACUCACUCUCUGGCCCAAAGCAGCAAUGAGUCCAUCUCCGUUCACCCUAUGAUCCGUCACUCUACAGACAGCAAAGGCCUCAAUGUGAAGGAGGGGGCAGAGCCAGAGACGGCAGCAGCAUUUUUACACCUUCCAGCAAAAACUCUCGACGGCACAGAUUUGGAAAGCUUAAAAAGUAAUCUCGAUCUGGGUAACUGUUUGGAGACCCUCUGUCUGGCCAAGAAACAUGGCCAGACCUCUGUGCAGCAAGCGGCCCUGGGUGUCAUGUCAGACAACUACCUCCAAGUGCUCAGGGACCCCAACCUUUACGGACGGCUAAUGGCUGGUGAGCGCGAGUACAUCCAGAAGCAGAGAAUGAAAGGUAGACGCUUUGUCAUGGUGGCAGAUAUGGACCCUCAAGACUGGGCGAGGAACACAGGAGGGAAGACAGCAGAGACAGAGCAGAGGAGGACAUCGAGUGCAGUGUACUGUUACGACGACCACAAAGACGCCUGGCACAUGCUCUGCCUGAUCCCACAGGAGGUCAUCUCUAAAGCCUGUGCCAUGUGCACAAUGGAUAACUACUUAUUUGUGGCACUGGGCUGCCAGGGCACAGCCAGAGAAAUGACACCCUCAAAGCGAGUGUUUUGUUUCAAUCCUCUGACAUCAAUUUGGAAGGAGAUCAGUCCUAUGAACGAAGCCAGGCCUCGCUGCAAACUGGCAGCUCUGGAGGGCUACAUCUACGCCAUUGGAGGGGAGUGCCUCUCCUCAGUGGAGCGCUACGACCCGCGAUUGGACAGAUGGACUUUUGUGGCUCCACUGCCUAAUGAAACAUUUGCAGUGGCGCAUCACGUCACAGUGUGCAGCGGAGAGCUUUUUGUUUCUGGGGGAACUCUUAGAUAUAUGUUACUGCGCUACAGCCCCAAAACCAACACCUGGAAGCCAAGUCUGUUAGUAGGAAGCAAAGACAGAACUGCUGAUAUGGUAGCUGUGGGGAGAUUUUUGUAUCGGUUUGAUGUGAACCCCCUGCUGGGUGUCAGUGUAUACCGCUACCAUACAGUGGCUCGAAUGUGGUACGAGUGCAGCUCCAAAAGGCUUCAGCGCUGCCCCGCCUUCCAGUGUGUCACGACUGACAACACAAUCUAUUGCGUCAACCGCCAGUUCACCAUGAGGUUUGAGGCUGAUGGGAUCUCUCCAGGUUUCAUAGAUGAGACUUUGAGUGUUCUCACUGCGGCGAAGGGCAUACUUUUCCCCUUUGUUCUUUCCCUCCCGGAUAAGAAGCCUCGGCAGACCAGUGUGUAAGGAGGAUUCCGUUUUCCAUUAAUGAUUAAUGAUCAGGUGGUGAUGAAGUAUUCAUACAGGAGAAUGCUUUACAUCCAGUUUUUUGGACUGAAUGAGUUUUGCUUUGCCCAGGUUUAUGCACAACUCCGCUUCAAAUGUUAUUGCAAAAAUUGUAAUUACUGUUUUUUAGGUGUUAUUAAGAUCACCUUUCUACCAAGCCAGAAACUUUCUGUUUCUUAAACUACUUUAUUGUCUUGGAUUGGGUAUUGCACAAAGAAGUGUGUGUUUCUUAUGUCUCAGUCUCUGGCAGUAGAGGUAAAAUAUUAGACUCUUAUAGUCAAACCGAUGUCUGCUUAGAUUUACGGAUGUGCUGCCAUGAAAAUUGUUUGCUUCUUUGAUUUGCCACUCCUUUCUGCCAUUAAGUUAGUUUUAUAUCAUUCCAGAUGCUAAACCUCUUAAGAUAAUUCAUAAAUAAGUCUCAGAGUAAAUGAGCCCAUUCAGCUCUAACACAUUUCCAAGAUUGAGCAAUACAGUGAUAAUUUAUCACUGUGCUCCACUGUGUAGGGCGCACAUAUAACUUACACAGUGGCCUGGAUACAGUUCAAUUAUAUGCAGUUGCUCUUUAAAUAUGACAAGAUUUAAAUGGGUUUGUCAUACAAUAUAGAUAAGUGGGCUUCUAAAAGCCUUUGUCACCACUUUUGAAACAUUUCCAAUCCUCAGACUUGCUGUUAUUUUUGUAAUUGUAGUCACUCUCCUUAGGUUUGCCAGGAGACUGAGUCUUUGAUGUAUCUUUGUUCAUUGUACCAACUAAAUCUCUUUGUUUUGUUAUCUAUCAUUUUAUUAAAUACACAUAUGAAUGUCA